AUGUCGGACACAGCAGGAGCUGCCUAUGUGCCUCUUUCCCAGGCUUUUGGCUAUGGAAUCAUCCUCGGGUUGGGCUUUGCCUUUGCCUUGGGUAUGAUAUUCACUACAUGGGCUUUGAAGCGUUACCAUGGAGAGGUGCAAACCUCGGAAGCCUUUUCAACGGCUGGCAGAACUGUAAAGUCGGGUCUUGUCGCUGCCGCAGUCGUGAGCAGUUGGACUUGGGCUGCAACCCUUCUGCAAUCAUCCGGUGUCGCCUACUCUUAUGGUGUCAGCGGCCCAUUCUGGUACGCAUCAGGCGCUACCGUCCAGAUUCUCCUUUUCGCGACCUUGGCUAUUGAACUCAAACGUAGAGCGCCAAAUGCGCAUACUUUCCUCGAAGUGAUCAAAGCGCGCUAUGGUGUUGUUACGCACAUCGUCUUCAUGGUCUUUGGUCUCAUGACAAACAUUCUUGUCACCGCCAUGCUUUUGACUGGUGGAAGUGCGGUCGCUAGUUCGCUUACCGGUGUCCCCACUGCCGCUGCGUGUUUCUUAUUGCCAGUUGGCGUCGUCCUCUACACCAUGUUUGGAGGAAUCAAGGCUACAUUUCUGACUGACUAUGUGCACACGGUCAUCAUUCUGGUGAUUAUCUUCAUUUUCGCCUUUAGUGCCUAUGCCACGAAUGAGGUGGUAGGUUCACCUGGUAAAGUCUGGGAUUUACUGGUGGAAGCAUCUGCGCGACACCCCGUAAAGGGCAACGCGGAGGGUAGUUACUUGACUAUGCAAAGCAGAGAAGGUGCCAUCUUCUUUGUUAUCAACAUUGUCGGUAACUUCGGGACAGUUUUCCUCGACAAUGGAUACUAUAACAAGGCUAUCGCCGCGUCACCAGUCGAUGCGCUUCCUGGUUACGUGAUGGGUGGAUUGUCCUGGUUCGCCAUUCCAUGGCUUUGUGCAACAACCAUGGGCCUCGCAGCGCUAGCCUUGGAGAACAACCCAGUCUUUCCCACAUUCCCAAAUCGGAUUCCACAUGCCGACGUCAGUGCUGGAUUGGUCCUGCCAUAUGCCGCAGUUGCUCUCCUGGGGAAAGGUGGUGCUUCUGCAACAUUACUUCUCAUCUUCAUGGCUGUAACUUCUGCUUCCUCUGCUGAGCUUAUUGCUGUCUCCUCGAUCUGGACCUACGAUAUCUACCAGACUUAUAUCAAUCCUAAGGCGUCUGGGAAAUUCUUGAUUAGAAUGUCGCACGUAUCCUGCGUUGUCUACUCUAUCAUCCUCGCAGCAUUCAGCACUGGCUUGUUCUAUGCUGGUGUCGGCAUGGGAUACCUCUAUUUGUUGAUGGGCUGCAUCAUUUCGAGCGCGGUUCUCCCAGCAACACUAGCGUUGAUGUGGAAAGACCAGAACUGGCAAGCUGCAGCUGGUGCACCCGUUCUGGGAUUCAUCUGUGCUAUCAUUGCGUGGCUGGUAACAGCGAAGAAAGAGUGCGGCGUUCUUAAUGUCGACUGCACUGGAUCCAACAAUCCCAUGCUGGCAGGCAAUGUUACAGCCUUGCUUAGUCCACUGAUCUUCAUUCCCAUAUUGACCUAUGCAUUUGGCAAACAAAACUAUGACUGGCAAUCAAUGAGAGAUAUUCGCAAGGUCGACGAUUCGGAGAUCAUUCGAAGAGCAAGCGUCGAUGCUGAGCUGGUGCAAGCCCAAAUCACUCAGUCACAAGAAGAUGAGGCUGCUGAGCAAGCCAAGCUGAAGAAGGCUGCAAUUAUUGCAAGAAGCAUCACAGUUUUUAUGACCAUUGCUCUGCUCGUCCUCUGGCCAAUGCCUUUGUAUGGAACUGGCUACAUCUUCAGCAAGAAAUUCUUUACAGGGUGGGUUGUCGUGGGAAUUCUGUGGCUAUUCUUCAGCACAUUCUGUGUUGGAAUCUUUCCACUCUGGCAAGGUCGCAAGACAAUGGUUCACACCGUCAAAUCAAUGUUCCUGGAUAUUACUGGCAAGAAGAAACCUGCCUUACACGGUCGUGUCACCGAGAUCGAGGAAGAAAGCGGCCAACAGACUCCAGAGGAAAAGGUCGCUAUCAAGUCCUGA